AUGUGCUUUCUACAAUUGCAGGCAGCCAGCGCGCUUUUCACUCUGGAUGGUGCGAAGGGCGAGGAGCUUUCGAGACGCCUUGCUCGUAGGCAUAAGCAGCGCAGACGUUGCCGCGUUGCUCUGGCGUUGAUAGCGUUACUGUUGCUCCUGGCUGCUGUUGCUGCAGUGGAAUUACUCAUGUCGAGGGGGCAGAGGUUAUUUGGGGCUGUUUUACGUUAA